AUGAGCACCUCGUUAGUGAGGGCUUCUCACCUAACGAAUCGGCAAGGUGGUUGUCGAUUUGGGGUUAUCACAUCACGGCGUCCUAAAACAGCGAAUCCACAGACCCGUCGUGUCCCCACCCUCCCUUUUACGUUAGAUUUAUUGAAUAAAUACGAAGGGAGCAAAGAAGAAACAUCACUUGUUUCUACACUACGCGAAGAAACAACACUAUCUACACCACGUAGCAUUCGUGAAUUCAUCGAGACAAGUUCAAUAGAUUCAAUCAGAGAUCACUCAGCUUUAGUGAUACAAAGGAACUGGCGAACUCACAGAAAACGCCAAAGACUCGCUAAAAUGUUCGAUUUUUUCAAAAAAAUCAGGCAAGUUAAAUAUACACACGCAUUUGCUGCCUGGAAAUUGGCAUUGAAUCCACCAGCAGACGUUGCACGCAAGUACUACGAAAAAUUCAUCUCAUUCUCAGAUUUAUCAGGUAUAUUACCCAUCCAAACUUUUUUAUUACAAAAAACUUCGUUUAAUACAUACAUGAAAACGAAUUUCCUCUUAAUGAAACCAUCACUCAACCAUGAAAAAGUCACACAAGUCGUUGUCAACUUCAACAAACCACGAAUUUCCUUAUUUUUCAAUGCAUGGUUACAAAUAUCUCAAGAACACUCAGUUCUCAAACACUCACACGAAUCGAUCUACAAUGUAGGCAAGAACAGGAUCCAAUUCGGACCGUUGUAUUGGGCCUAUCACGUUUGGAAAAGAUGGGCUUACUUACAUCGCAACCAUAAGAAAGGCAUUUACCCAGAUCCUAAGCGCUUUUUCUACAUUCCAGAGUGGAACUACGCACUUGCAAACAAAGAAAAACAAAAGCGAUUAAUACAUGAUGCGGAUCUCCAACACAGAAGGUUUCUCAUUGUCAGAGUCAAGAAAGCCCUACGUAAGAACUGUCUUUACAAGAUGAAACAGCAACACAACAUCAAAGAUAUACAAACAAAAGUUAAUAAGAUCGUAAUGGUCAAAGCUUACAGAGGAUUUAUGACACUUAUAGCCAGUUACAAGCUCAAACAGUCCAUGCUCACAAGAAUCCUCAAGUUCUGGUAUACGUAUGUUGACAAGAAAAGGAUGUUAGACAUGUUUAAAGACAUUCACUCACAAAGAACAGUUUUAUUCACUUUAAACAAAAUGUUUAGACAGUGGAGAUUGAAUAUUGUUGAGAUUGGUGCUUAUUCUGCUAUGAUACAUGACAUGAUCUAUGAUAAAAGAUCAGUAAUUUUAAGAUGGGUCUUCCUAAUGAUGGGAGAUUCACUUCACUUCACUUUUUAUUCAAGUUUUGUUUGUUGGCGCAAAAUCAUUUUGAGUAAAAAGAAAACAAGGAAAUUCAUGGAGUGGUCGAAGUAUCAUUCCAAGCAGCAAGGUCUCAAGAAGUUUGUUUUGGACUGUUUCAGAGUCAAAGCAAAUUUCAAUGUUGACAAAACAAAUUCAAAUCCGUUCGGAGGAAGAACGGUUUUGCCACAAAUGAAAAAGUUGAGAAACCGCCAAGUGACGAUAGACAGUCCGACCAAUUAUUUAUCCAACACAUUGCACGCGUAUAAUAAUACAAAUGAGUAUUAUCCAUGCAAAGAAGAUUUGACACAAUGGGACAAAAAUGAUGUCAAAAAUUUGUUUUUACAGGUCACUUUUUUGGUUGCAACGAGAUCAAAAAGUGAUGUCAGCACAACAGAUCCUAAGAAGAGGAUGAAUGAAGUUAAGAACUACAGGAUCAAGAACAUGUUGUUUAAUCAAGCAGGAUUAUCAGAACACAGACAAAAACAAGCUGAUAAUGAUCUCAAAUUGAAACAAAUUUGGAGAGAAAGAUUGAGAAGAGAUUCCAUCAUGAUCUUGUCAAUGGAAGCCCAUGAUGAAGCGAUUGAAUACAACAGGAUUGAUCCUAAAUUCGGUUUACAUGAUGGUCCAAUCAUGUAUACACACAAAGAAGACACAAAAAAUAAUGAAGAAGAAGAAUACGAUGAAGAAGAAGAGAUUUCAUUUAAUUUCAGCAGAGGAAAAGAUCCUAAACAACGUCGACAUUCAGUUCGUCCAGCAAAUGAACCAGUUCAUCCUCUCAUGAAAGAUAUUCCUGUAAUUAGAAAAUCAGUUAUAGAUAAUGUCAGAAAAUUCCGACGUUCUCCUGCAGAAAUUUUCAUUGAACGUGUUACUCGAAAAACACUUAAUUCACGUGCAUUAUCACAAGCAUCCCAGAAUCUUACAUUGUCACGACAAUCUUCUACAUACGAUUCAUUCAUUCCUAUUGGUUCAUUGUCUUCAUCAUCAUUUAAUUCGAGUUCAUCUUUCCAAUUACAAGGAAUUGGAGAAGCACUUGAUUUGAAUGUCAAUAAGAACUUCCAUGAGAUACAGAAACUUCCAACAACAACAGUUAUCCAACCAAAUGAUGAUAUCAAUGUCAAAUUAGGUACACAGAACUUAAAUGUUGGUCAUGUUCAAAAGAAAAUCAACUUUGGCAAAAUUUCACCACAAAAAUCCGGUGGAAAAAUGGAAAUCAUCAAAGAAGAGAACAACGAAGAAGAAAAUUCAGAAGAAGAUCAAAACAUUGAAUCCGAUCACGAAUCACAAAGUAGCAAAAAAGAAACAGAACAAGAAGAAGCUCUUAAGAACAUCCAAAUUGACAAUAAGAAAGAUCGAAUCAGUCUCGAAGAGUUAGCUAUGAGUUUCUUGAACGAAAACGAAGCCAAUUUCGGAUUGACAGAUUCUAAUAACGAAUAUUCCAUCUUGACAAAGAAAUACAUUGGCAUCUUGGCCACAUUGUUAGGUUUUCGUGGUCAUCUUGCAGUUCCACAAGUUGAAGGUAAACCAGUUCAAAACAUUUCCACUGAGUUCCCUGCAGUUUCAACAAAGAUUUCACGAUUAGUUCGUCGAAUCAAUGCAACAGAGCCACAUCUUCUUUUCCCUCCUCGUUCUGAAGAAAAAAUUGCUUCAACAAAGAAACUUCCACAAGUUUCACAAGCUCCACCUGUUAAAGAACGUAAGCGUCAAAAACUCUUUGAAGAACGAGGAGAAAACUUUGAAGAAGUCAUUGGCGAAGAUGGAAAAGUCUACAAGAAAUCAAAUUGUUCCGAAUUUUCAGGAGUUUUAUUCAGUGGUGAACAAGUUUUGACAUUAGCUCCAUGGGAAAACCGUAGUGAAGUUCGCAAGUCUAAUGAAAACUCCGCACGCUCUAGUUAUGCAUCACUCCCAACAGCAAAGAUCACUGUCAAAGGCUUUGAAGACAUUCCAGGCAUGUCAGAACUUGUUAAAGAAGUUUCAUCAUUUUUAGGUGGAACUUCCAAAGAAAAUGAAUAUUCAGAUCUUGACGAAACUAACGAACAGGCAGAGAACCAAACUAAAAUUGUUAAGAAUGCGCUUGAAAUUGCAGAUGGUGUUGCACGGAAACUUCUUAAGAAAGAAGCAAUUAAUACUCCAUUUGAUGAAAUCUUCAACUUUGUUGAUACAACAGGUAUUAUUUUGCACAAUGACAAAAAGCAGCAAAAGGAUAAACAAAAUAGAUCAGAAGAUGAAGUUUCUGUUUCUAACAUUUCUAAUGAUACAAUGAACAAACACCAUGCAUUCAACACGGCAUCACGCAAUCAACGAUCCGGAUUGAUUAUCAUUGAACAGAAACUUACAUUCACACAAGAAUUACUUCGUGCCAUCAAAGAAAGUUCCAAACUUAUGAAACCACACUUAAUCAAGUAUUACGGCGAUCUCAACAAGAUUGAUCCAUUCAAAGAAUAUUCCACACUUAAAGAUAAGAUUAAGAAACGGCAAUCACAAAUUAACAAACAAUCUAAUGUAUCAAAUACUCAUGAAAAUCCAUCUAAGACACAAUUAUCUAGAACAGAACCAUUUAUUAAAAACACGAAUUCUAAUACAAGCCGAAGUAGUAAAAGUGAAAUCAAAGUUCGGAAGAAAGUCACAUCAGAAACAAUCCAACCAAAGACAUCACGAAGGAGUAAGAUCAAAGAACUUGAAGAGAUUGAUGUUGGUGAAGGCGAAGUUGCAUUGACAAUUGGUGGUCGUCUUAAUUCAACUGAACAUCCAACAAAAGUUAACAAACGAUCAUUGACAACACUUUCACAUCGUAUUUCACGUAACAGCAACGAUCGAGACCGAAGUGAUUUAGUUGUUAAAAGCUCUCGUAUUAAUAAACAAGACUCAGGUGAUCUGUGUUUAACAUCACGUAAGAUGACCCCACAUUUAUCUAUUGCAACAUUAGACACUACAAAGAGUUGUAUUCGUGUUCAUGAAGUUUCAAAUGCUCGUCGUAAACCAAAAUUCACAAAUAUGACAGCAUCAACACCUAAGACUCCUGACACACUGAUCUACGAACUUCCACGUCCUAAAACAGCCCCGCUUAUUUCAGGAAACAAAUUCAAAGUUGACAUCUCCAAAGAAGAAAUUGUGAGUGAUCGAGACAUUGAUUUCUUUAUGUUUGUUAGUCCUUACAUCAUUCCACCCGAACUUCUUUCUAAACUUCUCGAAGAAUGCGAACGUAUUGAAUCACAAACAGUCAACACAGCACGUACCUUACCACAUUAA